AUGCCUGAACCAGAGAGUAAAAACAGUAUUAAACAAUCUACUCGUCCACAAACAGGAUCAUCUUUAUUUCACCGAAAAACAAUAUUGAUAUUAAUUAUCACUGCUGUUCUUAGCCUAAUAACAAUUAUUGGUAUUACAAUAAUUUCUAUAUACAUUAAAAAGGCCGAAACAUUAAUUAAUAAAACUACAACUACAACCGAUGCGUCGACAACAGUAAAUGAACCAAAAUUUAACAAAUGGAAACAAAAUGCCAUUACUGUGGCUGGUGGAAAUGAACAAGGGAAAAAAUCAAAUCAACUCGAUGACCCUACUGGAAUCUUUAUUGAUAAAAACAAAAAUAUUUUCAUUGCUGAUUUUAAUAAUCAUCGUAUUGUUGAAUGGAAAUAUAAUGCAAAGGAAGGACAAAUCAUUGCAGGUGGGAAUGACGCAGGAAAUCGAAUGGAUCAAUUGCAUUAUUCAACAGAUGUAAUUGUUGAUCAACAAAAUCAUUCGAUCAUCAUUGCUGAUCGUAAUAACAGACGAGUAAUUCAAUGGUUGAAUCAAAAGCAACAAAUUCUCAUUGACAAUAUUGACUGUUUUGGUUUAGCAAUAGAUAAAAAUGGAUUUCUUUAUGUUUCUGAUUGGCUGAAGAAUGAAGUGAGACGAUGGAAAAUGGGUGAAUACAAUGAAGGAAUUGUAAUGGCAGGUGGAAAUGGAAAAGGAAAUCAACUUAAUCAACUUAAUUUUCCUGGUUUUAUCUGUGUUGAUGAAGAUCAAUCUGUUUAUGUAUCAGAUAAUAACAAUCAUCGUGUGAUGAAAUGGAGAAGAGAUGCAAAAGAAGGAAUAAUUGUGGCUGGCGGAAAUGAUGAAGGAGGAAAUCUCAAUCAAUUGUAUUAUCCUGAAGGAGUAAUUGUUGAUGAUUUAGGUCAAAUCUAUGUGGCAGAUGCUAUGAAUGAUCGAAUAAUGCGUUGGUAUGAAGAAAAAAAAGAAGGUGAAAUUGUUGUUGGUGGAAAUGGUUAUGGAAAUCAGUCAAAUCAAUUGUUUGAUCCCAUGGGCUUAUCAUUCGAUAAUGAAGAAAAUCUUUAUGUUGCUGAUUCGGGAAAUGAUCGAAUUCAAAAAUUUGAAAUAAUUUUGUGA